AUGCAGCAGCCAAUCCGUCACCGCCAAUCGAAGGCUGCCAAGGGUUCAGCCAUGGACGGCAGAAUUGUCACACGCGCAGCGCCGUCAGCACCGUCAGUUCCUCAGUUUCAGUAUUUUUUCGACGCAGCGACACCAAGUCAUGGACCUAUGGCUCCCUCUCUCCGUAGGAAGAACCUUGUGUGCUUCUAUUGCAACAAGAAGUCCGGCAUCAAAUAUGACGGGCUCAUUACGAAGUGGGAAUGUGGCUAUUGCGACUCGAUGAACUUUUUGGAUGAGAAUGGUGAAAUUACAGAUCCUCCUGUUGCUACAGACUAUGCCGCACCUGCCAAACGCCAAUAUGCCAUUCCCGGGCCAGAUUCUCCACCUGCUUCCCAAGAGUCCGAUGUGACACUCUUCUGCCAAACAUGCCUGAAGAACCAGCAUUUAUACACAUCAUCACUUGCUCAGUACUAUGUGGAAACAGACCCGGCACAUCCUCAGUAUCGAGAAAUGGAGCGGAAAUACUUCAAAUACAAAGAGGACCUUGAAAGACGGUAUCCUCAAGUUUGCGAAGAUUGCGAACCAAGGGUCCUCGAGCGGAUGCGUCAGGCCGGCAAGAUCGCCAAAUCAGAUUAUCUUAGGCAAUUGAUGCAGAAGUCUCGAUCGAGAAGGACGAAGGCAAAUUCUUAUAGCAUAUCCUUCGUCGAUACAGGGCGGCUUCUUUGGUAUGCAGGUCUUUUGGGGCAGUUUAUGUGGAAUGGCAUAGCGCUACUUGCAGCUGCUCAGCUCAGCCCACUACCAGCCCUCAAACCCUACCUUCAGCCGACUCUGCUCUCCUUGUUUGGCGCUCUGAUAUCCGCGGCAACCUCAAGCCCUUGGGCAUGGUGGAGUCUAUGUUGCACCAUUUCUUCACUAUGGUGGAACCCCAAGUUUAAGGAAGCCAACAGGGGCUUUAUGAACCACAUAAAUGGAUUCGCGAACUGGUACAAAUUCCAGGGCAUAAUGGUGGUAACUCGUUCGCUCACAUAUCAUAUUAUGGGAACGGGGGUCCUCGCGGAUCCUAACAGUGAAGCUACUAUUGCAGCUCACAUUGUUUCACUAGGCUUCAAUGCUGCGUUGGCUAUUAUGGCACAACGCUCCCUCAAGGUUGACAUGACCCCUCUCUGGACUUCCACACCUGAGAAGCUUGCCUACGUCGGACCAAGGUCUAUGUCUAGCAGCCCCAGCCAGGACAUGGGCGGAAUGAGCUCUGCCCUCGAUCAGAUAGGUGCAGCCCCCUCGACGAAACAUCGCCCUCUGUCACCACUGUCACCUUCAUUGUGGAAACCGUCCCCCACUUUGAGAGAGCGUCCCACACCUUCCCCAUCUCUCAGUCUUUCGAAAACUCGGGAAGUCUUUCCUAUAGCUAGAACAACCCCGUCUCUACUAGAUAUGACUGAAAGUGAAGCGGCACAUUACCUUAAGACGGGGCAAGUCCCAGUUCAUAUGCAACAACGCAAUGAUCCGGAUAUCCAAUCAGAGAUGGACUGGUCUCCAUCUGCCCCCGAAACGCAACAUCGUGCAUUUAACCCUGCCCGCGCCCGGCAAGUAAAUGCGGAACCCCAGCCAUUCGGACAAACUCCUGUUCAUGAUCAGCCAUCUCCAUUCUGGUAUAAAGUCCCACCAGCGCCAAUAACACCAGCUCACCGACUUCGAAAUCCUCCAAAUCAACCGCGAUUACGAGUCGCUUCUCAAGAGACCAAGGAUAACUUUUUCAAUAGCGUGACUCGGAGAAAUUUGGAUGUGGACUCAAGUGCUGGAGAAACGAAGCUUGUUGAGAACAUCAAACCACGCCAGCAUAUUGAAUUUGCUCCGCCCAAAUUCUUUCCGCCAAGCCCCCCUCAAGAGGCCGGUGAUGAUUUGGCGGAUCUUUUCAACAGCGCCUUCUCACUAAGUAGCACUGAGAACGGUCGUCAGAAAGCCUCAGUACAGGGCGUUCGUAUGCGUCAUUUAUGCCAGGCUCUUGUCCUCUUAUUUGGGCUCUUGCUCUGGAAUUAUUAUCACUCGCACCCAUCUGAGCAUGCUAAGAAUGUUUCUCUGGUGGUCAUGGUCGCCGCUCUCUUCAUCGGAGGACGCACAAUACUCGAUAAUACCGUCUUUGCAGAACCUACAGGGCAAUCUACUAUUGUCCAGGCGCUUUGUACUGGUCUGGGCAGUCUUGAGUUCAUGGGGGCUUUAUAUGGAAUUGUAGAAAUUGUAUAUGGAAGAGGGGACUGCUCGAAUUGUGCUUCACUCGGGAACAUACUGGUUGCGGGUACUUUGAUUCAUGAGUUGUGGCUUGCGUCGUUUGGACGCUGA